AUGGCUACAUCAAAUUCAACAUUAUCUAAUAGUGUAAAUAAUGUUACUACAAAAUCUUGUGCUGUAUGUGGUGAUAUUGCAAUAGGAACAAAUUUUGGUGUAAUAAGUUGUGAAAGUUGCAAAGCAUUUUUUAGAAGAAAUGGUUUACGGAAAACAACAAUUACUUGCCCAUUUCAAGGAAAUUGUUUAAUUAAUAUCAAUAGUCGAAAAAAUUGUCAAGCAUGUAGAUUAAAAAAAUGUAUUAAUGUUGGAAUGAAAAAAGAUUUUAUAACAAAAAAUAAAAAUUCCAAACGAUAUUUGAAUGGUAAUAAUAAUAUAAAUAAUAGAGGACAAAAAUUUUAUAAAGUACCUUGUAUUGAUUUUAAAAAAAGAACAAAAUGGAAUGAUAAAGUGGAUAAUUAUGAUAUAAUUAAUGAAAAUGAUAAUAUUAAUCUUUCAAAAGAUGAAUAUGAGAGUUUAAUAAAUAAAAUUAAAAAUUUAGAAGAUCAACUUUACAGUAAAGAAAAAGAUGAAUGUAUAUGUAUUUGUAAAUGUGGUUUCUAUCCGAUGAAUACUAAAUUUUCAACUAUUAUAAAAUUAAAAGAAGAAAAUUCUCAAAAAGAAUUACCCAAAGAAGUCACAAUUUUAUCAAUGAAUAAAGAAGAAUAUAAAGAUUCACAAAAGUGUAUUUUAACAGAAGGAUAUUUAAAUAAUAAUUUUACUCCAACCGAUCCAAAUACUAUACAACAAUCUCAAGUUGGUUAUUAUAAUAAUGUUAUGUUAGAAGAUACCAUUACUAUGAAUGAUUAUGAUAAGAGAAAUAUUAUUAAUAACUCUAAUUUACCUUUUUCAUAUUUUAACAACAAUAAUAAUACAAAAAAUAUUGUUAAUAAUACAAUACCUUUAGAAUCAAAACAAUUAAAACAAUUUUCUUUAAAUAGUAUACCAAGUAUUUCUCAAGAUUUUUUUCCAUGUACAUUAAAUAUUGAUACACAAGUAUCAAAUAUAAUUGAAAAUGAAUAUUCUAAAAAGAAUGAUGAUUGUUUUAAAAAAACAUCAUUAUACAUUACACCACCACCAUCAAAUAUUGAAUGUAGUAAUUCAAUUCAAAAUAUGUCAGGAUAUUUUGAAAAUUGGGAAAUGGAAUUGUUGUUAGAAUUAAUUAAAAGCAAUAGUAUUAUGAAAGAACCUGUUAAUGUUUCGCAACCAUCAAAUUCAAAUGACUUUUCUUUACAAGAUAUUGUUGAAUUUACAAAUUUAGCUUUUAGAAGAACAAUUCAAAUGUCAAAAAUGUUAAGUUUAUUUAAACAAUUAGAUCAAAAUGAUCAAAUGGCAUUAGUUAAAGGUGGUGCUAGUGAAAUUCUUAUUCUUCGUGGUGCAAUGGUAUAUGAUGUUAGUCGAGGUGGUUGGAAACAUUAUGCAUCUAAAGAUGCAACAGAUCUUAUGAUAAAAAUUGAUGUUUUAAAAAAUUCACCUGAACAAUCGUACUAUCUUAAACAUAAACAAUUUCUUGAAACAUUUAAUGAAAGAUGGCGUAAAAGUGAAGAAGUUAUGUUAUUAUUAAAUGUUCUUAUAUUAUUCAAUUCAGCAAGAUUAAAUGUUCAAAAUAUUAAUGGUGUUAUUGCAGCUAAUUUUGUAUAUAAACAUAUAUUAAAAAAAUAUAUAUUAUAUCAAUGUUAUAAUGAGGAGGAAGGUCAAAGAGAAUUUGAUCAUUUAAUGAAUAAAUUAAUUGAACUUGAAGAGUUGAAUAAAGGAUUAGUUAGUAUAUAUAGUUUAUUAACUAUUAAUGAAAUGGAUCCACUUUUAAUUGAAUUAUUUGAUUUAAAAUAA